AUGACUCAGUUAUUCGAAUUUGACGAUGAGCAGCUUGCGUCAAAGAUCGAAAAACUGGACUUGAGGGAGUUCAAUGAGCCAGAAGUGCCUAAGGUUGGCGAGUUUGCUUCGUCUGAUGGGAUUGGAAGCCGGCUAGCCAAGUCCUAUGAAGUGCCCAUCGACCUGCCUUAUCAGGCAGGAAAACGCAAAAAGAAGGUGGCAGAUUUCCAACCAAUCAAAGUUUUGGGCAAAGGUAGCUACGGUAAAGUCAUCCUGGUCAAGGAUAAGAGCUCCGGUAAAUUAUAUGCACAAAAACAACUCCGCAAGGCUUCCAUGAUUGUGAAUGCAAAGAAUUACGAAAGAACGCUCACAGAAAGAACCAUCCUCGAGCGUGUCAGGCACCCGAAUGUGGUCAAAUUGUUCUAUGCUCUUCAGGAUUUCGAUAAGUUGUACCUGAUUUUAGAAUAUCUAGAAGGUGGAGAGCUAUUUCAUCACUUGUCGCAAGAAAGGAUUUUGUCUGAGAAAAUUGCGUGCUUCUACGUAGCCGAGAUAAUUCUUGCUCUCAGGCAUUUGCAUCUGCACACAGGUGUGAUUUAUCGUGAUCUCAAGCCAGAAAAUUGCAUGCUUAACCGACGCGGACACUUGGUUUUAACAGAUUUUGGUCUCAGCAAAGUGUCAACUGAAAGCAGUUCACUUUUUGGAACCGCUCAGUACAUUGCCCCAGAAGUUAUCCAAGGCGAACGUUACGACAGCCAAUGCGAUUGGUGGUCUCUGGGAGCAGUUACGUUCGAUCUGCUGACAGGGUCACCGCCUUUUACUGGUAACAACAAUAAAAGAAUCAUGGACAAGAUCCUCACGCAAAAAGUCAAUGCCAGUCGUGACAAAUCCCGAGCUGGCAGAGAAUUUCGACGAAGAGUUCACUUCGAUGAAGAUCACACCUCCGAGCUCCCCAAUCGAACAUUCUCUGCUCAAAGAAAUAGAGGAAGAGUCAAGAUCAACCAGCACGUCCUCGUACAUCGCAAUCAAAAAACCAACCGCUGA